UCUGGACAUUUGCUGGCUCAUGACUUCCAGAUGCAGUUUCGGAAAUGGCAGAGCUGUAAUCCCCUAGUCCUCUUUGAAGCAGAAAUUGAGAAGUAUUGCCCAGAAAACUUUGUAGACAUCAAGGUAAGAUCUUUAGACGAUAUGGGACCCUGUGAUUGAAACAACCAGAAAUCAGUGGACUGAGUGAUUUCUGUGUUUCUAAUGCAUUGGAAUUUCCACUAACCUCAGUAUAUAUAAUUAAUUGUUUAUUUGUUUGAGACAAAGUCUCACUAUGUAAAUUUGCCUGGUCUGGAAUGCACUAACUAGGUAGACCAGAUUCAUAGAAAUCCAUUUGCUGCGGCUGGGAAUAAAGGUAUACCACCAUGCCCAAACAGUAUUAUGCCUUUAAAAUAUUCCACCUAUUGCAUAAAUGAAGUGUUUUAUUUCAAAGACAGGGUCUCGUCAUGUAGCCCAGGUUGGCCUCGCCUUGCACACAUAUUCUUUUUGAACUCUCAAGUGCUGAGCCACCUCCCCAGUCUAAACUAAGAACCCAAAGAACUAAGUGAAGCCUUUAAAAGCGAAACUCAAGGAAUAUAUAUCACUAAAUUGUUUGUUCUAGCCCAUCUCACCCUCAGGAACAGAGACUUCAAAGUAAGAUGGAGCAGUGUGGACUCACGUCUCUGCCAAGGGAGAGGGCAGGAGGGCAGUGCAGGGCCAAGGCCAGUGAGGACUGCUUAGCAAGUCCUGUCUUAGAAAAGUUACAAAGUGUGGUUUGUUGUUUAAAAGUUGAUUGUCUUGAAGGGAAGGCCAGCAGAGCCCUCAGUUUGAGACCAGCCUGGUCUACAUAGGAAGUUCUAAGCCAGAAGGACUACACAGUGAGACCUUGUCUCAAAAAAGGAAACUGUCAAGCCAGCAAAAGCCUGGUGACCUGUGUUCACUGCCAGGAACCAGCGUAGGGGUGGAAAGAGGGCUUGAGGUGGCUCAGUGCUGAAAACUGUUUUCUGUUCUUCCAAAGGACCCAAGUUCAGUUCCCAGCACUCAGGUGGGCAGCUCUCAAGUCCCUGUAACUCCUGUUCCAGGGGCUCCAACAUCCUCGUCUAGCCUCUGAAGGCACCCACACGCCUGUGGUAUAUACUUACACGGAAACACACAUAGAUACACAAAUGAAAAAUAUACUGAAAAAAAAAAAUACUGGGUUGAAGAGCCGCCUCUGUAGUUAAGAACACAUUCUCCUCUUUGAGUGAACUUGGCUUCAGUUCAUGACACACAUAUCCGACCGCCCACAACCUCCAGUAACUCCAGCUCUAGGGAAUUCAAUACCUCUGGCCCCUGCCGGCAGAUACAUUCAAAUGCACAUGUCCCACACAGUAACAUGCAUAUGUCCACUAAUUAAAAAUUUUAAAUAUUUUUAAGGUGAAAGGAUAGAACUGAGUUCAUUAAGUCCUGUGGCAUCCACAUGCCCUCCCCACACAAUAAUAAUAACAAUAAUAAUAAUAGUAAUAAUAAAAAGUGGAGUGGAAGGGUAAGUGAGCCGGUCAAGGCACUUCGUUAUGCUAAGUGGGUACGUUUAUUAGAAUGAGACUCGGGGACCAAGCCUGGGCAUGAGCUGGGUUUGUAGAGUGCCUUCCUAGUAUGUGUGAAGCCCUGCGUUAAUCGCUAUACUCUGUAAGCAGAUGUGGUAGCACACAUCUCUAAUCUCAGCACGGAGGAGAUGGAGACAGAGGAGACAGAGGUGAAGACUGUCAACUAGACAGUGAGUGCAGGGCCAGCCUGAGCUUCAUGAGACCCGCAGGGCCAGCCUGAGCUUCACGAGACCCUUUCCCGGGAGGUGAACAGGAGGAAUUCACUCAGUGACUCAAACAUGGUCAGAACCACUGAUGCCGGAAGAGCUGAGUUCUUCAUUUCAUCAUGUUGAAAACUCUUGAACGAGAGACACAGCACUGUCAGGCAUUGGUGAUCUGGACUGACUGUGACAGAGAAGGCGAGAACAUUGGGUUUGAGAUCAUCCAUGUAUGCAAGGCUGUAAAGCCCAAUCUACAGGUGCUGAGAGCCCGCUUCUCUGAGAUCACGCCACAUGCCGUCAGGGCAGCCUGUGAAAACUUAACUGAUCCUGAUCAGAGAGUAAGUGACGCAGUGGACGUGAGGCAAGAGCUGGAUCUGAGGAUCGGAGCUGCCUUCACGAGGUUCCAGACCCUGCGGCUCCAGAGGAUUUUCCCUGAGGUGCUGGCACAGCAGCUCAUUAGCUAUGGCAGCUGCCAGUUCCCAACACUGGGGUUUGUGGUGGAGAGGUUCAAGGCCAUUCAGGCUUUUGUGCCGGAAGUCUUCCACAGAAUUAAAGUAACUCAUGACCACGAAGAUGGGACCGUAGAGUUCAACUGGAAAAGAUACCGACUCUUUAACCACACAGCUUGUCUUGUCCUUUAUCAGUUGUGUAUGGAGGAUCCCAUGGCAACCGUGGUAGAGGUCAGGUCUAAGCCAAAGAGCAAGUGGAGGCCUCAAGCUUUGGACACUGUGGAGCUAGAGAAACUGGCGUCUCGGAAACUGAGAAUAAAUGCCAAGGAAACCAUGAGGAUUGCAGAAAAGCUCUAUACACAAGGAUACAUCAGCUACCCCCGGACAGAAACAAACAUCUUCCCCAAAGACUUAAACCUGGUUGCAUUGGUGGAACAGCAGACCCUGGAUCCACACUGGGGGGCUUUUGCUCAGAACAUUCUAGAGCGAGGUGGCCCCACUCCACGAAAUGGGAGCAAAUCUGAUCAAGCUCACCCUCCCAUUCACCCCACCAAGUACACCAGCAGCUUGCAGGGAGAUGAUCGGCGACUGUACGAGUUCAUCGUUCGCCAUUUCCUGGCUUGCUGCUCUCAGGAUGCUCAGGGGCAAGAGACUACCGUGGAGAUUGACAUUGCCCAGGAGCGCUUUGUAGCCCAUGGCCUCAUAAUUCUGGCUCGUAACUACCUAGAUGUGUAUCCGUAUGAUCACUGGAGUGACAAGCUCCUCCCUGUCUAUGAGCAAGGCCUCCGCUUUCAGCCCAGCACUGUGGAAAUGGUGGAUGGGGAGACUAGCCCACCCCAACUGCUUACCGAAGCCGACCUCAUCGCCCUCAUGGAGAAACAUGGUAUCGGUACUGAUGCAACUCAUGCAGAACACAUUGAGACCAUCAAAGCCCGGAUGUAUGUGGGACUCACCUCAGACAAGCGGUUCCUGCCUGGGCACCUGGGCAUGGGACUUGUAGAAGGUUACGAUUCCAUGGGCUAUGAGAUGUCUAAGCCUGACCUCCGUGCCGAGCUGGAAGCUGAUCUCAAGCUGAUCUGUGAGGGCAAGAAGGAUAAGUUUCAGGUUCUAAGGCAGCAAGUGCAAAAAUACAAGCAGGUUUUCAUUGAAGCAGUGGCGAAGGCAAAGAAGUUGGAUGAGGCCUUAUCUCAGUACUUAGGAGAAAGGACAGAGGUGGCCCAGCAAGAGGAGAUCUACCCAGCCAUGCCAGAGCCUGUUCGGAAGUGCCCACAGUGUAACAAGGAUAUGGUCCUCAAGACCAAGAAGAGUGGUGGGUUCUACCUUAGCUGCACGGGGUUCCCAGAAUGUCGGUCAGCUGUGUGGUUUCCUGACUCGGUGCUGGAGGCCAGCAGGGACAACAGUGUGUGUUCAGUUUGUCAGCCGUCCCCUGUGUACAGGUUGAAGCUGAAGUUUAAGCGUGGUAGUCUCCCCCCAGCUAUGCCCCUGGAGUUUGUCGGCUGCAUUGGUGGAUGUGAUGAGACUUUGAAAGAAAUCUUCAGCCUGCGAUUUUCACAGGCUCCCCAACGAGCGAGCCAGCCCUCUGGCUACCUGCAGGCCAGCCAGGCCCUCAACAGGAUGGACAGCAGUCAGCAUAGCCUGUCUCAACCUCUGGUUAACAGACAUACUGAACCUUCGAAGGCAGUGGCCCAAACCUUGCUACCACCCACUGCUGCUGGUGAAAGCAACUCUGUGACCUGCAAUUGUGGCCGGGAGGCUGUGCUGCUCACUGUCCGCAAGCAGGGCCCCAACCAGGGCCGGCACUUCUAUAAGUGCAGUGGUGGUGAUUGCAGCUUCUUCCUGUGGGCUGAUGGCAGCCAUCCCACUGGAGGAGGGCCCCUCACCUCUGCAUCAAGACCUCCAGGAAACUCUGUCGGAUGCCCAUCAGGCUUAGGCAGCCACAUGGAUGGGUUUGGCAGCCUUGGUGGUGACAGUGCUGGAGGUACAUCCUGCCUAUGUGGGCAGCCUGCUGUCACACGGACUGUACAAAAGGAUGGACCCAACAAAGGACGCCAGUUCCAUACCUGUGCCAAGCCACGAGAGCAGCAAUGUGGCUUCUUUCAGUGGGUGGAUGAGAACGUGGCCCCAGGGAGUUUUGUAGCCCCAGCAUGGCCAGGAGGCAGAGGAAAAGCCCAGAGACCAGAGGCUGCAAGCAAAAGACAAAGAGCUGGUUCCUUAGAUGCAGGGUCUACAGUAAAAAAGCCUCGGAAAUGUAGUCUCUGCCACCAGCCUGGACACACCCGGCCCUUUUGUCCUCAGAACAGAUGAUGGCAGGAGAGGUGGAGGAAGUUCAUUGCCUAGACCAGGAAUGAACUAACUGGGACCAGGUGACUGACUACUGUCCCGGAAACCUAGGGAGGUACUGGGCUUUAGAGUUGGCCUUCCUUUGCUGAGGAUUACAAAGGCCAGACGUGACUGGAAAAUCUGGCUGGUUCUGCUGGAUGCCGCUGCUCUGUCUGGCUCUGGAGUGACACUGGCUGCUGCUCUGAAGGAAAGUGAGAAGAUGAGCAGUUAGCAUGUCAGCAGAACUGACCUCAGGUGGCCUUCCAAGCCCCGACCAUUGGCCACUGUCUGCCAAGUGAGAAACAGGAACUGUUCCUGCCAGCACAGGUAUCCCGGUGGGCCUCCUCUGCACAGCUGUUUGGGAAGUGGCAAGCCUGUGUAUCCGCAGAAGCAUGUGCUCCUGCUCCAUCUAGGACACCCAUAGCUCAUGUGCCUUAAUAAAAAAAAAAAAAUCCA